UAAAUUAGAAUAUUAACUAUGUUCAGAUAAAAAGCCUACACAUGUACUAAAACAACUUGUUGACUAAAUAUGAUGAAUGCAUGCAUUAUACUGAUAAUUAAAGAGUAGUUUAAAAUGUUUUGAAGGUUUUUCACAUCAUGCAGAACGGCUAUUUAAACUCCAUUGCAAAGAAGGUGGCCUCCCUCACAGCCCAAAAGCAGAGCAAUGCCUCAUUGGGAAGUGGGUUUUCGUUCAAAGACAGUGUAGUAACAGGGAGUGGCCAGGUUUACCUUGGCAGAGCAUGGGGUGAGUAUUCCAGGGUGGUUUUCUCAUACACAUUCUUGGACAAGGUUGUUCUUCCCCAAGGGUGGAGUGAUUGGGGUGAUCAAAAGCGGGAUUCAGGAGUGUAUUAUGGAGAAUACAAAUGUAGUGGACCAGGAGCCAACUCAACAGGAAGAGUGCCUUGGGCUAGAAUGCUCACCAAUGAAGAGGCUGAGCCUUUUAUUGGGACUCACUAUGUUGAAGACAAUACUUGGCUCAUAAAACCUCUUUAGGUAAUUAUUAUUAUUUUCUUUUUUUCCAACCAUCCUUAUAAAAUAAAAUAUUGCUUCCUAGCAGCUACUUGGUGAAAAUUUAUAUUAA